AUGUCAGACUACUUAUCUGAAGAAAUCAUACACAAGAUCCUGUUGCACUUACCCAUCAAGUCCCUAAUCAGAUCCACUCUGGUCUGCAAGUCAUGGAAGUCACUCAUCAAGUGCUCUGCUUUCAUUCAAUCCCAUCUCCGCACCACAAUCGUCUCCAACGAGCAAAACGACUCUCACCUCCUUCUUCUCAGCGCUUCCUCUUUCGAGGGUCACUCUCGGCAUCAGCAUCACUGGUUGCGUAGGGAUAGCCCCGAAUUUGGUGCCCACUCCAUGCUUCCAGCUCCGGUCAUUUUUUUGGAAAACAACCCCGUUUCAGAUCUGGGUGUGGUUGGAACUUGUACACUAGGCUUUGGCUAUGAUGCGCAUUCCAAUGACUACAAGAUUCUGAGAGUUGUGACUGAUUUCACAACUAACGUUGAUUGUGAUUCAGUCAACGUGGUUUUCGGAGUUGUGAAUUUUGCUGAUGAUGAUCGAUUAAUCACAACCUUUGUUCAGGUUUACUCCUUAGCCAGCGGAUCCUGGAAGAGUCUUAGUGAUUCGGUUAUACCUGUAGAUUUGGAGGGUGGUGGUACUGGAGAUUUUGCUUUUGUUAAUGACACAUUACAUAAGCUUGAAGCCCGUUUUAGCGAGGAUGAGUAUUACAAUGAUGAAGACAUGGUCAUCCGCACCUUCAAUCUGUCAACAGAAGAAUUUGGCGAGAUGAUGGAACCGGAGGCUUUGAUACAAGGCUGUAGCUCCAUAGCAAGAUAUGGGGACACUCUUGCUUUUAGUGACAAUUAUAAUAAUAGUCUCAGAGAUCGGGGUUGUUGUGACAUUUGGGUUAUGCGACAAUAUGGUGUUGCAGAGUCGUGGACUAAAUUUUUCAAAAUACAUGUUGAUCUAGCUAGGAUAUAUGGUUUUAAAAGAUGUGCGGAUCUUGUGCUAGAGGAGAAGAUUUCUUUUGGUCCGUCAAGAAUGAUUUUGUACAAUCCUAAGAGUAAUCAAUAUUCAGUUCUCGGAACUGUGGGUCAUAGAUACUACUUCAUGGAUUCUUUUGUAGAAAGUCUUGUCUUGCUUGACCACUGCAAUGCCGUUUCUUACCAAGUAGCAAGGGCGUAG